AUGCCAGUAACAGUGGCACCAGGAACUCCGCUGGCGGAGGCCUUGGCUAAUGUCGUACAACCAAAAAUGGUAGAGCUGGGAUGGAGUGCAGAUAGUGGAGAGGAUUCAGCGUUGACGGAAUACGUUAUUCUGAUGUUGGUCAACGGAAAAACCCAAGAGCAGAUCGCGGAGGAGCUUUCGAACGAUCUACUGAACCUUGGAGAGGGCGAUACACAGGCUAUCGACUUUUCGCGGUGGUUAUUCGAGCAACUAGAGGUGCUUAACAAUAAUAUCAACGGAGUGACAUCUGCACAGGCAUUACCGACAAGCAACAGCCAGAACGAUUUUGGAGCCCAAGAUCAACAGGAUGCUACUAUGGAUGAAGCCUCAGGCCCGAGUGAUAAUAUACCCACUGGUCCUCGGGCGAUGCGAGACAACAAUAACCGGGGCAGAGGUCGAAUCCUGAAUCAGAUAAAUAAGUCAUUGGAGCGUGGACCUGAUGCUAUGCUUCAUCGUGUGCGCGGUCAGAAUAAUAGCGGUCGAAUCAACACACAUGGACGAGAUUUCCAGAAGAAUCAACGAGGCCAGUUCGGAGCUGGCCGGGGCGGCAGAGGCAGAACAGGAUUCGGGCAGCACAUGCAGGGACAGGGAGCCGGAAAUAUGAUGCAGAUGACACCUGAAAACCAAAUGCAACUUAUGGCUCUUCUCGAAGAGCAGGCUAGGAUGAUGUCGCAGUUUAUGCCUGGAUUUAUGUCGCCGGCGGUCAAUCCAAAUUUUCAGAACCAGCAAAACCAACAGCAACAACACGGUCGGUCGUUGUUCGAUCGAGUUGAGCGUCCAAACCAGCGACAAGGUGGUGACUUUAAGUCCCGAGCCUCCCAGAACGGCGUUGCUGCUAAGCAAGGCGAAGAUGGUGACAUGGAUAUGACAGAAGACCAGACGACAGCCGACGGUCAAGCGAAUACCGACAGUGUUUGCCGAUUUAACCUCCGCUGCACAAGGAAAGAUUGCCCCUUUGCCCAUCAAUCUUCAGCAGCCCCCGAGGGUGCUCCCGUUGACGUCUCCGACCCUUGCCCGUUCGGCGCAGCAUGCAAAAAUAAGAAAUGUACCGGACGUCAUCCAUCACCUGCUGUCAAGGCUUCUCACCAGGCAGAAGAAAUUUGCCGCUUCUUUCCUCACUGCACCAACCCUCAUUGUCAUUUCAAACAUCCCAGCAUGCCUCUCUGCCGGAAUGGCGCCGACUGCACUACUGAAGGAUGUAAAUUCACCCACCUUACCACAGCAUGCAAAUUCAAUCCUUGCAUGAAUCGGAGUUGUCCAUACAAGCAUACCGAGGGUCAGAAGGCUAGCUUCCCGGAUAAAGUAUGGGUUGCCGGUCAGGAAAAGCCUCAUGUCAGUGAAAGAAAAUUUGUCGAAGAGGAGGGCGGCGAGGAGGAGCUCAUCAAACCUGAUGCAGCUCAAGCGGAGCAAGUCAUCACUUGA